AUGCGAUAUUCUAUCUAUCUUCUGUUCAUUAUCUCUCUAUCUAUCUGUGUGUCUGACUGUUUCUUCAUUUCUCCGUCUUUCUUUCAGUCUGUUCAUAUCUAUCUAUCUAUCUAUCUUUUCAUUAUCUAUUAUAUAUUUCCGUUAUUAUCUACUUAUCAUUUCAUUCAAAUAUAUCUAUUUAUCUAUCUCAGACUUUCCCUUAUUUGUCUAUCUGUUUGUCUACCUAUCUGUCUGUCUCUUGAUAUCUCUCUCAAUAUGUUUAUAUCUAUCUAUCUAUCUAUCUAUCUAUCUAUCUAUCUAUCUAUCUAUCUAUCUUUUCAUUAUCUAUUAUAUAUUUCCAUUAAUAUCUAUUUAUCAUUUCAUUCAAAUAUAUCUAUGUAUCUAUCUCAGUCUUCAUUAUUUGUCUAUCUGUUUGUCUAUCUAUCUGUCUGCCUCUUGAUACCUCUCUCAAUAUGUUUAUAUCUAUCUAUCUAUCUAUCUAUCUAUCUAUCUAUCUAUCUAUCUAUCUUUUCAUUAUCUAUUAUAUAUUUCCUCUUCAUUAUUUGUCUAUCUGUUUGUCUACCUAUCUGUCUGCCUCUUGAUACCUCUCUCAAUAUGUUUAUAUCUAUCUAUCUAUCUAUCUAUCUAUCUAUCUAUCUAUCUAUCUAUCUAUCUAUCUAG